AUGGCUCCCGUUGCUAUUGCCGAGGCUACCGCCACCAACCCCGUCGACGCACUCAAGUCGUCGCUCGCCAACGUCACUGUGUCGGAGACUGAGGCUCCUGUGGACCUCACCGCCUUCGCCCACUUCGACUCGACGCCUUCGGUCGGUACCGAGUUCCGCAGCUCCACCAACGACGGCAAGCCCCUCCUCGACAUCCGUGACGUUCUCGCGUCGCCUGCCAAGCUCGCCGCCCUCGGCCGCCUCGUCUCGGAGCGCGGUGUUGUCUUUUUCCGUGACGCCAAGAUCACCCCCGAGGAGCAGAUGACCUUGGUUGACGCUCUCGGCCGCGCCGGUGGCAAGCCCGAGUCCUCUACCCUCCACAUCCACCCCUGCACCGUUGAGGACCAGGGCGAGAAGGACGAGAUCUCGAUCAUCUCCAACAAGUUUGUCUUUGGCAAGAAGUUUGAGCGCAAGGACUUUGGCAUCCUCGACCGCCGCGUCGGUGCCGACCAGUGGCACUCGGACAUCACCUUUGAGAACAUUCCUUCCGACUACGCGAGCCUCGUCAUCCGCGACCUCCCCGCCGUUGGUGGUGACACUCUCUGGGCCUCGGCCUACGAGGCCUACGACCGUCUCUCGCCUGCCUACCAGCAGUUCCUGGAGGGUCUUACGGCUCUCCACAAGGGUGUCGGCUUCAUCAAGCUUGCCGACGCCAUCGGUGCCAAGAUGCGCGAGAACCGUGGCUCGCCCGAGAACGUUGGCCAGGACCUCGAGGCCAUCCACCCCGUCAUCCGCACCAACCCCGUGACCGGCUGGAAGGGACUGUUCGUCAACCGUGGAUUCACCCAGAGGAUCAUCGAGCUCACUCAGCCCGAGAGCGAUGCCCUUCUGAAGUUCCUCUACGCCCACAUCAGCGCCAACCACGACCUCCAGGUCCGCUUCCGCUGGGAGAAGGACUCGCUCGCUAUCUGGGACAACCGCUCAACCUUCCACGCGGCUACUCAGGACAUUGACGGCAGCAACCGUGAGGGCACCCGUUCGGUGUCUCUCGGUGAGCGCCCAUACUUUGACCCCAAGAGUGUCUCGCGCCGUACCGCCCUCGGCCUUUAA